UGAUCUUAUUACCACUUUUAUUGGCAACAAAAAAACUGUUUUGUGUCAUUAUCUUUUUAUAAAUAAAAAAGGGUAAACAAAAAAAAAGAAUAGAAAAAAAAAAUGGUGCACCCAGUAGCAGAAGCGAACGAAAAGAGUCCCUUUGGCUCACUUUCACCGGACGAGUUCUACGCCAAGCACUCAGUGAGUCACUCGUCCGAGUACAUCACCAACUCGCGAGGACUGAACCUUUUCACUCAGUGGUGGGCCCCACUUCAAGGAGAGAAAAUCGGGGUGAUCUGCGUCGUCCAUGGCUACACCGGCGAGUCAAGCUGGACCGUCCAACUCACUUCCAUCCACUUCGCCAAGGCGGGGUUUAUCGUCUGCGCGAUUGACCACCAAGGGCACGGAUUCUCCGACGCGCUUGAUGGCCACGUGGCGCACAUCCCUGAUAUCAACCCUGUGAUUGAUGACUGUAUUUCGUUCUUUGAUUCGUUUCGUGUGAAACACGCGCCGGGUUUGCCGUCGUUUCUUUACUCGGAGUCGCUUGGUGGGGCGAUUGCGCUGCUUAUUACGCUGAGGAAGAAGCGCGUGGGUGAGGGUGAGGGUGAGGGUGAGGGUGAGAGUGAGAGUGGGGGGUUUGAUGGAGUUGUGCUGAAUGGGGCUAUGUGUGGGAUUAGCCAAAAGUUUAUGCCACCAUGGCCUUUGGAACACCUUCUUGGGGUGGCUGCUAAGUUGAUACCUACUUGGCGCGUGGUUCCUACUCGCGGUUCAAUUCCUGAUGUGUCCUUCAAGGUGGAAUGGAAGCGUAAGCUAGCAAUUGCAAGCCCAAAAAGGCACAUGGGAAAGCCACGCGCUGCCACCGCGCUCGAGCUGGUAAGGAUAUGCAGGGAGAUUCAAGGGAGGUUAGAGGAAAUAGAUGUUCCCUUGAUGAUUGUUCACGGUGGAGAUGACGUCGUAUGUGACCCCGCCUGCGUCGAGGAGUUGUACACACGCGCCUCCAGCAAGGAUAAGACACUAAAGGUUUAUCCGGGUAUGUGGCAUCAGCUGGUUGGUGAGUCUGAGGAUGAUGUGGAGCUUGUCUUUGGUGAUGUCUUGGAUUGGCUCAAGUCUAGGGCUUUAGGGUGCAAGUGAUUUUUACAUUAGUUGUAUUGAGUCUCAACUAUUUGGAAGUGUUAAAGUUAAGGUGCAUUGGUGCAUAUUGUGUUUGAACUUUAACUUAUUAUGUGUACAAGUUUCUGACAUCUCGUCUAUUUUAAUGAAAAAUGGAUUCUAAAUUA